CAAAAUCCGUUUUGAUUGAAAAAUUAUAAAACGACAAGCAAAGAGAAAAAUUUCAGACUUUUCAAGUCUCAAUCGUCUCAUUGUGACUUUCUUACAUACAGAUUAUAAUAUGAGUAAUAAUAUCGAUGAAUUAAGAAUUGCCACCGGAGCAGCAAUUGCUGGGAUGGUAGCUGUAUGUGGUGCAACAGAAUGGAAUCAAUGGUAUCUUAUUAUUAUUGACAAAAAAGAAAAAAAAGAACAAAGUAUUAAAGAUAUUAGAAGAAUCGUCACAUCAUCCGAUGAUGGUAAACGAUAUGUUACCGAAGAAGUUAACAACAAACAUAUUACCACUUCAACUGAAGGAAAAUACAUUACCAAAUUUACUUCUGGUGGUGAAGAUAUUAUAGAAUACAUUACGACUUUAACCGGUGGGGUUAUUACUAAAACGACAAUUAACGGUGAAGAGUAUGAAUUUAUUACAAGCGAGCGCGUCAAAUCCCAACCUGAGCCCGAACUUGAACUCAAACCCGAAUCCGAAUUUGAGCCCGAACCUGAAUCCGAACCUGAAUCCGAACCUGAACAACCUGAACUCGAAAGAGAAUAUAUUACCAAAUCAGAAAAAAGCAAAUAUAUUAUAAAUACAAUAAAUCCCCAAGAACAUGGUCGUAGAUUCGGUCCUGGUAGGAGGAUGCCGGGCCAGGAAAGGGAGGAUAUAACUUUUGAUUAAAAUGAUUUAACCAUCUGUUUUUAUAUCUAAAUUAUUUUGAAUUAUUUCUAUUUUCUUUUAUCUUUGUAUUUAAUUAUCAUUUUAUGAAAUAAAAAGUGUUUUUUUUUAUUUU